CUUCCAAACAUUAAUCAUACAACGUCCUCUUCAUAACGUGGCACUUUCCUAUGGAGAACUUUGGUUUGUCCAUGCUGUUGGCCAUUUUGGCUUUAAUUUGUGGCAUCUCGUACGCUUGCAUGACGCUAACCCGAAAGGCAAGAUUGUUGGCGAGGUUUCCAUGUCCGGGAAAGUUUCCUAUCGUGGGAUCGAUUCCUUACAUAUUUGGUCCCAUUGAUGAUGCUGCUAUCCUUUUUGAAAAUUUGAUUAACAAGUUCGGCCGUCGAGUUGUACUAUGGUUGGGUCCAAACCCCCUAGCUCUCGUAAUACUUGCGGAUGCAGAUGGCGCACAAAAAAUCCUGUCUUCCGUCAACUACGACAAAGGAUCUUUCUACUCCCAUUUCAAAUGGCUGCUGGGCAAAGGUCUCAUCACUUCGGAUGGACAGCUAUGGAAGGACGACAGAAAAUUGCUUGGCCCUUCCUUCAAGUAUCAAAAACUUACCGGAUUUCUCCCCAUUUUCAACAAGCACUCAAAAACACUUGUCGAAAUACUGACAAGAACCCAAAAUCAAACGACAAACGUUUACCCACGAUUGGCUCGGGCAACGAUGGAUUUUAUCAAAGAGUCGGCAUUUUCGCAAGAUUCGAAUUUUCAGAUAAAUGAUGACAACUUCCUAGCAGCGACACGCAUGGCGCUGGAUUCGUUCCGAUUGCGACUCGCGAUACCUCCGUUAACACUUGUUCCAAUAAUUUGGGACCGUUUUGGUUUAGGGAAACAGGAUAAAGUCUGUUCGGAAUUGAUUAAUCAAGCAAUGUCAAAGGCAAUUGAAAAACGUAAGAUUGCUUUGGCGCUGGAGGAAAAGUCUGGAAUGUCCGGAGCGGAUGUAAAUUAUCCCAUUCAGAAACCUUUUAUUGAUGUUUUGUUGGAUUCAAAAUCAGAGAAGGACAUCAUUGCCCACAUUGUUACAAUAUUCGGGGCGGGAUUUGAGACCACCGCUAGCGGGAUGAAUUACACCUUAUUUCUCCUCGCUUCGAAUCCUUCCGCUCAAGAAAAGGUGCACCUUGAGCUGGACUCCAUUUUUGGCGGGGACAUCAACCGCGACGUGACAUUGAAUGACUUGUCGGACAUGAAGUAUUUGGAAAUGUGUAUCAAAGAAGCGUUAAGAAUAUUCCCACCGGUGCCCCUCGUUUCUCGCAAUGCGCAGGAGGAUAUUCACUUAUCGACGACGGAGAAAUCAUACCGAAAGGAGCUCAGGUUAUGGUUUUCAUCCGUGAAAUCCUGCAAGAUCCGAAGCACUACCCGGAUCCCGACGUUUUCAAUCCGGACAGAUUUCUCCCAGAGGAAUGCGCAGCUAGACAUCCAUACGCACAUUCCAUUUUCCGCAGGCCCGAGAAAUUGCAUAGGAAUGAAAUACGCCUGGAUACAAAUGAAGACUUGCCUGGCCCACAUCCUUCGCAGGUUCCGCGUCUCCACUUCGCAAAAACGAGAGGAUAUCAGUCUCAUUUACGGAUUGACUUUAGACGUAAAACCACAAUUGGAAAUUGUUCUAACACCGAAGUAAUUAUGGUUUUUACAACUUCAUGAAUUGUAUAUGUAAAAUUAAGUUAUUUAAGGUGUUGGUAAUUGUUCGGUUAAUAAAUUGCGUUUGUAAACCAUUAUUUAAUUCCA